AAACCCUAAUUUUGGAGAAUUUUGCAGGACCUAGAUGGCAUGAAAAAAAGGUUAAAAGAAAUGGAGGAUGAAGCCGCUGCUCUUCGAAGAUGCAAGCUAAGCUCGGGAAGGAGAUGGGUUCCGUUCAAGAUCCUGCAUAUGUUGCACGGGGACGGCAGAGGAAGGGCGUUUCAAGUACCCGAAACGUCCCUGGCACAGGGACGGACAGGGUACGUACUGGGGACGUGCCACGGUGGCAGGGUACGACCGAGCUAUACAGGGGACGUUUCAGGGACGGCCUUCAGAAAAUCUCGAACAUAUCAAACGAGAGAACGGUGAUCGCCGUCAUUAGAGCGGCGAUACCUUCUUUUAGGAACGACCACAACAAGGUCGCGUUCGCCAUUCACGCGACGUUACUUUCGGUCGGUUUUGUCCUCACCGCCAUUGGGCCUUCUGCUUUGGGCAACAACGUUUUCUCUUCUACCUCUACUGAUGAGGUAGGAAUCGAUAAUUGGAACGAAUUCAAAGACCAUUACGCGUUUGUCUAUACCAAUCCCGAGAAAGGGUCGAAGAAAGUUUUGGUGAAAUGUCUGGUUAUGAAUAAAAAAUUGUUUGUCGAGACUUUGGCUGAGAACAGUUCUCAACCCCUUCAUCUUGAAAUCGAGAUCGAGGCCCAAUCAUCCUGGUGUUACAAUUAAUGAAUCAAGAGGCCCUCAAAUCGAUCCUUUAGGGUAUCUCUUGUUUUCUCCUUUGCGAUUUUGGAUUUAAUCCAGUUCGUCUAUGAUUGUUUAUACCCUUUGCAUACUUCAUUGAUAACUUUACAAUCAUGUAACAAUGGGUAAAUUGUGAUUGAUGCUACAAAUCAUGACUCC